AUGGCAAAUGAAUGCACAUCAAUACAGUACAGUAUAUGGUAUUUAUUUAGAGAUAAAUCAGCAUCAGCUACUGCUUUUAUUAUUUUACAAAUUCCCUAAGUGGGCCACUGCCACAAAGCAGAAUACAAAACAAUAAAACAAACAUUUAAAUAUAUUAAAUUAUUAGUUAAAUACAACUAAAAAUAUCAAAUCAAAUUAUAUCCCUAGCACACUUAAGGCAGCAGUCCUGUACAAACUUAUAUGAGUGGAGCUUAUGUUCUAAGUAGACAUUUAUAAAGGUAAAAGGGUAAAGGGACCCCUGACCAUUAGGUCCAGUUGUGACCCACUCUGGGAUUGCAGCACUCAUCUCACUUUAUUGGCCGAGGGAGCCGGCGUACAGCUUCCAGGUCAUGUGGCCUGCAUGACUAAGCCGCUUCUGGCGAACCAGAGCAGCGCACGGAAACUCUGUUUACCUUCCUGCCGGAGCGGUACCUAUUUACUUGCACUUUGAGGUGUUUUUGAACUACUAGGUUGGCAGGAGCAGGGACCUAGCAACGGGACUCACCCCGUUGUGGGGAUUCAAACCGCUGACCUUCUGAUCGGCAAGUCCUAGGCUCUGUGGUUUAACCCACAGCACCACCCGCGUCCCCCACCUUAGACACUAACUAAGUUUGUUAUUGGUAUGCGCUUUCGUGAGCAUGCACACAUCUUCAGAUACAUGGCUACCUACCUGUAACUAACCUGUACUGCUAACUGAUUCAUUUUCCUGUGAUUUAAUGUUCAACUACUCACUGUAAUAGUCACGCAACUUCCUUUCCUGCUUUCUACUCCCUUGUUUUCUUUCAAUAUUCCUCUAUAGACUACCGACCAUUCAACAAAGUACUUUAUACUGCAUGAGAUAUAUCUGGGGAUUUAGUUUGGAUGGCUGAUUGGAUAAGCUUUUAUCGAAGGUAAGACGGGUCCCUGCCCCAUGUCACUUUGUCUCUGGUUGUUUUUGUAGGGAGCUCACCAGAGAAAACCAUAAUCAAAGUGGAAUCAAAUGGAGCAAAGGAGCUCUUAACUUCAGAGUUACUCCAGCCCAUAGUAUUUACCCAGCAAAAGGUAACUACGGUUUCUAUAACAAGCUGUCAAAAAAUUAGUAGUCUGGGAUCAGGGAGUUACCUGUACAGCACAGGACCAUUGUAUUAUAGUUUGUGUACAGUGGUACCUCGGGUUAAGUACUUAAUUCGUUCCGGAGGUCUGUUCUUAACCUGAAACUGUUCUUAACCUGAAGCACCACUUUAGCUAAUGGGGCCUCCUGCUGCUUCUGCGCCACCGCCACGUGAUUUCUGUUCUCAUCCUGAAGCAAAGUUCUUAACCCGAGGUACUAUUUCUGGUUUAGCGGAGUCUGUAACCUGAAGCGUAUGUAACCUGAAGCGUAUGUAACCCGAGGUACCAUUGUAUUGGGUUUUUUCUUUAAAUAUCAGGGGAAAUGUGCCCUUCUUUGCAGGAGAAGACAAGUGCACGUCUGAAGGGACACAAGCUGUCUGCUUUAUAGAUUUCACAAUGCAGACUUUGUCCUAGAAGUGACACUUGCACAAUUGUGUUCUCCAUAGCACCAGUCACUCCUGUUGAGGCAGUAUCCAGGAACAAAAUAUUGUGACUUGACUGAUGGUAAACUGUGAUAUUCCUGCAGCAUGCAUUUCCUUGAAGAAAGACAUUUUAGAUCCCUACAACGCAUGAGUAACUGCACUCAGUAACUGCUGGACACACGCUUGUUGGCAACCUCCCGUUUACAGGGAGAGAAUUGCAGUUCAUACCUACAAUUUAGGCAUUGUUGGUCUGACACAGUGUGUGUGUGUGUUCUGGGUGGGUGGGGUUUUUUUUUGGGGGGUGUGAUAGUACCACUCCAUAUAUCCUAGUUAGGAUUCAGAAAUGACCGCUCCCCGCUUAAAACGGGGGGCGCCCUUUGCGUGGACGCGCGCAGCCCCUAGAUCGGAGUGGCUCCAUCAGCAUAGGCUUGGCUUUGCCUUCCCUCAGGUGGGAUACCUGGAGGUCUCCGCCUACCUCAGUCAGUUGUCCAAUCCCACCUGGGGGAAGCAUUGCCAAGGAGACCAGGCCAGGUAGGGGAGGGAUUACCUGCCCACACAAUAGAGGGAGGAUCUUACCUGGGAAUCCUCACUUGGCCACUCCAUAUAUCCUAGUUAGGAUUCAGAAACUACCCAACUUGAAGUUAGUCAUGGAACUUCAUUUGCUAUUUUGCACUUUGGUGGGUGAACGUGUAGACUUUUUUAAACAAACUUUUGCUUUUCUAGGGUUUACAGUUGCAAUCAUUUGAUGAAGCAGCAGCCCUUCUGAAGGUGGAUAGACAAACAUCUCUCCAGCCUGCAAGCCUUACACAUUCCACAAGGAGGCACUUAACCAUCCGGCCUAUAUUCAAUAAGGAUAAUAACCUUCAAGCAAGUUUCAGCUAAACACAGAACAAUGCUACAACAUCAGCGCUUGGAGAACAACAUGGACCAAAUCAAAGGGUUGUGGCUUUGGGUCAGUUUGUAACUGUUGGCAGCAUGGGGGAUGCUGAAGCUCUUGGAACGAAUCAAAGUCUUUUGGGAGAUGAGCAGACCGUUCCCGCACAGACGGCAGACAACUGUCCAGCUCUUAGUAAGUACAAAUCUCUCUAGGUUGUCAACAUGCAAAAAGUUCUGCUUCUUAGCUAUCUGUUUCACAAGGAUGGUUGAGGUGACUGCUAGCUGGUAUCUGACAACAUUUAAUAAUGCCGCUUCAGGGGGUGUGCGGGCUUCUCGGAGCAUUAUAUUUUGAGCUCAUCUGGUGUAUACAGUGGUACCUCGGGUUAAGUACUUAAUUCAUUCUGGAGGUCCAUUCUUAACCUGAAACUGUUCUUAACCUGAAGCACCACUUUAGCUAAUGGGGCCUCCCGCUGCUGCCGUGCCACCGGAGCACAAUUUCUGUUCUCAUCCUGAAGCAAAGUUCUUAACCCAAGGUACUAUUUCUGGAUUAGCGGAGUCUGUAACCUUAAGCAUAUGUAACCUGAAGCGUGUGUAACCUGAGGUACCACUGUAUACACUUUCAUGGCAGGUAAACAUGCCCGUUGUAGGCUUUGAAACUCUGAAUAGUUGCUAAAUCCUAAGGCAGAGUCGUACAGAAAUAUAUCACCAAAGAGACUACUCCAGAGUAAGGAGUAUGGACAAGCAAACAGAUAAAUCACAGAAAUAAAUCACAGAAGGGGUCGUUUUCUUUAAUCAACACCCGGAAGUUGUUCUGGGUACAACCAGUGUUUCUUCCCACAAGGGGCUUAAUCACUGAACUUCACAAUGGGGUCUAGAAAAUAUCAAUAGUUUAGACAGUUGGACAAAUCUGUCCCUUUGUGCAUUUCUCCCAUAAGAAGAACAGAAAGAGGCUAUGGAGCCUUCUGUUUCUUAGCUUUCCUAACCAUGUAUCUAUGGUUGAAGGCGAGGUGUUAGCUUUGCAGGGUCUUCAGCCUCGAUAUUUCACACCAUGGAAAUUAUUGGCUCUGUUGAAGUGUGUUUGAAAGGAAUUGCGUCAGCAUGAUCAUGGUUGCAGUGUCUUUCUCCAUCCUCAAAAGGAACUCGACUCCAUAGUUUCUGUGCAGAAACUCUACAAAAUUACAAAUAAUGAGGAAGAAACUCUACUGAGAACUUUAAAAAUUUAACUUGAUUCGUGAUUUGUCUUGGUGUGUUGAAGGAUGGCAUUGUUCAUAUGUAUUCUUGUCUGUAUGCAGUUAGUGUGAAGGGGGGCGGGUUCCUACUAUUUUCCUGCCUUCCCACAUAUAUUACGAUUUGCCGCUUCUGCAACUAGUUUAACUUGCAUCCACCAGUUGUUAGAGCAGUACAGCUGUCAAAGGUAAAGUUAAAGGUAAAGGGACCCCUGACCAUUAGGUCCAGUCGUGGCGGGCUCUGGGGUUGCGGCGCUCAUCUUGCUUUAUUGGCCAAGGGAGCUGGCAUACAGCUUCCGGGUCAUGUGGCCAGCAUGACUAAGCCACUUCUGGCGAAGCAGAUCAGCGCAUGGAAACGCCGUUUACCUUCCCGCCAGAGCGGUACCUAUUUAUCUACUUGCACUUUGUGCUUUUGAACUGCUAGGUUGGCAGGAGCAGGGACUGAGCAACGGGAGCUCACCCCGUCGCGGGGAUGUCUUAAAUCAGUUUUAACUUUAAUGCUUUUAUUUCCUUUUUUAGGAGAAGGAAGCAGCAGUGGCAGCAGCUGAAGAAGGGGACACUGUUUGCAGAGGUCAAGAAACAAAAGAACAAGCACUAUAUCCAGAGAUGGAGAAAUACAGAGACUUGCAAGCGCCAUCUGUGCUUGAGUCUAUGAAGGCUGUUGAGAACUUGGAAUGA